AUGGAAACCUUUCGGAAAUUGUCUAUACAGGAUGAUUAUGAUUCAGAUAUUCAGGAGAAUUUUCUUUCAGGACUAAGCAUCAACGAGGAUGUUUCCAUGGAAGACUAUGAGGACGACGGAAGAAGAGAUGAUCUAAGGAGUGAUAUAUCCAUGGAAGAUGCUGAAAUUGGAAAAGAAGAGAGGCACAUUCAGCCAGAAUAUUUACCAGAGGGCCAAUUGGAUAAGCAGUUGGAUGAGCAGUUGGAUAAGCAGUUGGAUGAGCAGUUGGAUGAGCAGUUGGAUAAGCAGUUGGAUGAGCAACUAGGUGAUCAAAAUGAGCAUUCUGUGAUAUAUGACGUCUUUCAUCCUACAAUGCAAGGGUGUAGAGUGGCUAGUGGAAGGACGAAGAUGGAAGACAAAGAUUUAGAGAACAAAAACCCCAAAGACGAGCCUUCAAAAGAUAUGAUACAAAGAAGGGAGGGUAUUAGUAUGCCAGAAAAGAACGGAUGCCUUUCUGAAGAUGAGUACACUCACGUUUCAACGUCUGAUGGCGUGGUUCAUAGACAAAGAAACGUCGAGUGGACUGAUACAAGUACUGAAGAAAAGUUUGAAUAUAUCGGUGCUAAAGAUCCUAGAGCUCGUCCCAUCUUCAUCAACCAGAACAAUUAUAUCGGGACUUACAAUAGAUUUACUGCCGUGAAGCCAACUUUCCACGAAAGACACCCAGUUGAUCAGGCUUCUAAACAUGAUCACAACCAGGAAGCUGGAUGUGGUGGACCCGUGUGGCGGAAGCCAUAUCUUAUUUCUACUUAUUUACAGAUCACUAUGAACACUCUGAUCUCAUUAUAUGCUCUCUACCAUAUUUAUCUCUUUCUUAAGAUAAUCCGGAAGGACGUAUCUAACAGCGUGGAUAAUGAGCUAAUGGAGAGCAAGUUCAAGACACAAACGUGUUAUAGGCAAUACCAUUCAAAUCAUUGCCACGACCAAAAUCUACCGGCACUGCAGAAACAGUGCAUUGCUUGGAUGAAAUGCAUGAAUAAGGAACCGUACAUGUUGAUCAACUACAGCGAACUUAUAGUGGCCAUUCUUGGCUCUUUAGUAAACACCUUUUUUGAAUCAUUUAGCUAUCGAAGCAUUUCGGUGAUGCUUCUCAUUGGAGGAAUCCUCUAUGCUUGGAACUUUUCUUGCGGAUAUUUCAGAGCAAAGACUUUUUAUGGGCUCCCAUUAAUCAGGGAUGCGGCUUUCAAUAUGCCAGGUAAAUCCACCGAGCCUCAAAUCAAGCCUUCGGAAAACAAUGAACAAUUGGUAAGCAGCAGUACAGAUUUUGGAAAACUUGACUAA